GGAGCGACAUACAGACAGACAACGAUGAGGAUCCGUUACCUCGGUUUCUUUGCCUUGCUGUUUUUUUCCUCGAUGAAACUCUCUACACAGGAGUUGAGUACUAAAAAUCCUUGUUGUGCUGGAUUUGUGGGAAGUGUCGAUGGCUGUAGAGACGUUGAUGAAUGUGCAGAAAACAACGGCGGUUGCGGUGCGGUGUGCAACAAUACCGCCGGAGGAUAUUUUUGUUCCUGCCAGGAAGGUUACGAAUUACGAAACAGGACGCACUGCCGAGACACAGAUGAAUGCUACUACGACAAUGGGAAUUGUAACCAAAAGUGUAACAACAGCAUGGGCACUUACAAUUGUUACUGUGACCAUGGUUACCAAUUGAUAAACGAAACCUAUUGUGAUGACGUGAACGAGUGCCUGGACGGGAAUGGUGGUUGCGGCCAUUACUGCAACAAUGUACCUGGGACUUAUUCCUGCACUUGCAUCAACGGUUACUCACUGCAGAAUGAAACAGCAUGCAUCGAUAUAAAUGAAUGCGAUUUGAGGAACGGAGGUUGUGAGGAGAUGUGUUUCAACACCCCAGGGAGCUUCUACUGUGCCUGCCAUCAGGGGUUCAAGCUCACAGACAAAAGACUAUGCCUGGACAUCAAUGAAUGUGACCACAUGAACGGAGGAUGUAACCAUCACUGCAACAACACCAUUGGUGGACAUAAGUGUGAGUGUUUCCAUGGUUACAGUCUCCAAAACAGAACACAGUGCAUCGACAACAAUGAAUGUGCCGAGAUGAACGGCGGCUGUGAACACAUGUGUCACAAUAUCCCGGGGAGCUACAACUGCAAGUGUAACCAAGGAUACCGUCUAAUAGACAACAUCUACUGCAGAGAUAUCAACGAAUGCACGGAGGUUCACGACUGCGGUGGCGGGUGUCGCAACACAGUGGGCGGCUACGUAUGUACGUGUCAGCAGGGCUUCCAGUUAAUGAACUGGACACACUGCGAAGACAUCAACGAAUGUAGGUGCAACAAUGGUGGAUGCCCUUUCCCUUACAGAUGCGUUAACAAACCCGGGCACCACUACUGUGAUUGUCCCUUCGGGUUUGGAGUUAGAGGGAACAUGUGUCACCUUUUGAUACCUCAAAAGCAACUGAACUUCACUCUCCCCAAUAACCCAAAAGUCUUACCAAGAAUGAAGCCGCAAUUACAUACCACAACUGUGAUACCACCUAAAAAAUCAAUCAGAAGCGAGGCAGGAUGGUCAUAAAUGGAAUGCUAUCCAUUGCUUCAUUUGCACCAAUCUCUUCAAUCGCAGCUGCCAUGGAAUCUAAACAACAUCGACAACAAAGUCAUUAUCGACUAUUACUACCUAUCACACAUUAUAUAUUGUAGUCCUCGAUACACAUAGUCUAAACCUUCACUAUCUGCUCAUAAAACAAGUUCGCCGACUUAUACAUAACAUUGGAAA